UUUUGUUAUCGUAUUCGGGACAAAAUAUAUUGUAUUUUGAAAACAGAAAUAAGCAGGAGUUUGGGAGAAAUAUUUAUUAUAAUGAGCAGCUAAAAAGCAAGUGGAGAUAUUACUAUAAAGUACUAUUACGAUAACUCCUCUCGCGCUCUGAUACAGUGUGAUUCGAAGUCUCUCCAAGAUACCUGAUUUGGAGGGAAGAGUGAGAGAUUCACAGUAUGUGGGCUCACCUACACGGUUCUGCUUCCACACACAAGCGGAUGUUGCUGAAAGAUAAUUCUGUUUCACCGGACAUAGAGGAAAAUUCAGCUCUGUUACAGAAUGGUAUGGGACAAGAGAGCAGGAAUCCCUCCUUGAAGCGCUCAUUUCCCCAUGUACUCGUGGCAACAUUAGCUUCAUUCUUAUGCGGCUACCAUCUUGGAGUAGUAAAUGAACCACUUGAAAGCAUAUCUACUGAUCUCGGUUUCAAUGGGGACACUAUGGUGGAAGGUCUGGUGGUCAGUAUGUGUCUCGGUGGUGCAUUAGGAGGGUGUCUAGUCAGUGGUUGGAUUGCUGAUGGGAUCGGGCGACGUAGGGCUUUUCAAUUAUGUGCUUUACCUAUGAUAAUUGGUGCUGCAAUCAGUGCAUCAGCCAACACAGUUAUGGGUAUGCUUCUUGGAAGGUUUUCAGUUGGGAUUGGCUUGGGUCUUGGUCCUGCUGUAGCAGCUCUCUAUAUCACGGAGAUUUCUCCUUCCUUUGUCAGAGGUACAUAUGGAAGCUUUAUUCAAAUUGCAACAUGUUUAGGACUUAUGGCGGCUUUGCUGAUCGGAAUUCCUGUAAAGGAUAUUCCUGGCUGGUGGCGCAUAUGUUUUUGGGUGUCUACAGUUCCAGCAGUCAUACUUGCUAUUGGCAUGGAAUUCUCUGCAGAAAGUCCACAUUGGCUCUACAAGCAAGGAAGAAUUGCUGAAGCUGAGUAUCAGUUUGAGAGACUCUUAGGAGUAACGCAUGGGAAAUCUGCAAUGGCAGAAUUUUCGAAGUCAGAUAGAGGGGAUGAGACAGAUACUGUUAGCUUUUCAGAAUUGAUUCACGGACCUCAUUUCAGAGUUGUUUUUAUCGGGUCAACUCUGUUUGCUUUACAACAACUAUCUGGAAUAAAUGCUGUAUUUUAUUUCUCUUCUACUGUAUUUAGAAGUGCGGGAGUACCUUCAAAUCUUGCAAAUGCCUUUAUAGGAGUUUCAAAUUUAAUUGGAUCCGUCAUCGCUUUGAUUUUAAUGGAUAAAUUAGGAAGGAAAAUUCUUCUGUUGUGGAGCUUUUCUGGCAUGGUGCUAUCAACAUGUCUUCAAGUUGCUGCAGGAGGAGUGUUUGCAUCAAGUUUAGGAGGGCAGUACCUAUCUGUCAUUGGCAUGCUGAUGUUUGUCUUCUCAUUUGCUGUGGGCGUAGGCCCUGUUCCUGGUCUGCUCUUGCCUGAAAUUUUUACAAACAGAAUCAGGGCCAAAGCUGUGGCAUUUUGCAUGUCGGUGCAUUGGGUUUUCAACUUCUUGGUUGGCUUGUUAUUCUUGCGACUGCUUGAGAAGAUGGGGGCACAGCUCCUGUAUACUAUGUUUGGCAUCUUCUGCUUGAUGGGGGUGGUUUUUGUAAAGAGAAAUGUGAUGGAAACUAAAGGAAAAUCACUUCAAGAAAUUGAGAUAGCUCUUCUUCCGCCGGAGCAAAUAUUGUAAAUGGUCAACAUGGAAUUUUCAUUUGUUCUUCUAUUUUGGCCGCUAAGCACCUAGACUUUGAUCGGUCCUUCUGAGGUCUAGACAGAGGGGGGUUUUACAAUGCUUCUAGCACUUCCAUACCCAUGGGAGGUGCUGAGUUGCCAAUUCUUUUAAUCAAUAUGGCAUUCCCACGAGUCUCUUACUGUAAAAAUAGAAUGCAUCUCACAUGUGAGCUCAACUUCAUUGCUGGUUUAGAACGUUUAAAAUUAGUAUUCAAUGUAACGGCUUUGUGCAGACUUAUUUUAAAGUAGACCCGGCUAGAAGUGUGCUUGGUCUUAUUAAGUAGACAAUGUGAUUGGUUUGAUUUUGGUUCUACAGUAAUAAUAUAGUUUUGGUUGGGUUAUUUGAACCUAAAUCAGUUUCACUGGA